AUGACCGAGCCCGCAAUGCUACUUCUACUCGCCAGUCCCUGGUGUCCCAUCAAUCCACUCGGCGCAGUCAACGUGCGCAAUAGGUUCGAGAUAUUACGCCCCGACCUAUGCGACCUGUCGAGACUCGUGGAUCUACGAACAGCCCGUCUGAAGGCGAUUGCGAGUAACCACCCACGACAAGCAAAACGAGGCAUCGAGUGGGAUCUGGAGGUCGUGAUCACCACUCCCACUGGUAGGAAGGAUGGAACUAUGGAUAUCAUCUUUCGCCAGAUCUUCACCAUGCUAGAACUAAGAAAGUCACAAUCCAAGAAAAUCCGGAACAGUUCACAUGAGACCAGGUCUAGCAUGGCGAUACCACAGAUAUCUGAGAGCACCACCCAGGUAUCGAUGUCAGUCGACGACCCGCUGAAAUGGGCUGCGAUUUGCAAGGACUACAACUUUAUCCACCUAUCGGGAGCGGCGGCGAAGGCCUUUGGUCUACCUGGAAAGAUUGUGCAUGGAAAUCACACAAUCGCUAAAGCUCUACAUCUAAUGACGGACUCGAAAAGCUUGCAGCCACCGUUCACCACUUCCUCAUGGAUGGAGGUGCAGUUCAGAAGGCCUAUGGUUGUACCCGGUGUCUUCGAUGUCAGUUUACGCGAAUCUGGCAAACCUAGCAAGACGCUCUCAGUCUCUUUUCAGGGAAAAGACUGCGCGAUUGCGGAGUUCGGGAGCCUUCAGCAAUGA